CAAAAACAAGAACAAGCCAAAAUCGAAGCCCAUUAUCAAAAAGAGAGUAAAAAGAUUAGUCAAGAAGCCCAUCUUCCUCCGGAAACUUUACAGCAAAUUUGGAGUGAAGAUCACAGUCUAUUCUCAACCUUAAAUCCUUUGGCCAAUAUUCAUGUUUCUCAACGAGCCGAACAAUUUAGCGAAGUAGUUCACGAACAAUUGGCCGAACAGGAAAUAAUUCGGCAAAAAGAAUUAGAAAUCCAACAGCAAGCCGAAACUCUUCAAAAAUCAGCCAAAAUAGAAGAAAAAUUAAAAGAGGCUCAAACUAAUUUAGGAACUUCUGCAAUGUCCUGA